UGUGAAAUAUUGAGUGCAUAACUGCCUCCGACUAACAGAAUUCCACACAACCGUCUUCUCAAACUCUCAGUGAAACCCAUUGAUACACACUUCAAGAAAUCUCUCUCUCUCUCUUUCUCUUUCUCUUUCUCUUUCUCUUUCUCUGCUGCGAUUGUUCAUUCAUCAUCAAAGUGCAGUCUCGAAGAAGGUAGACGAUGGAGGGCAGUAGUUCAUUCCAAACAACCGUCUUCCAGUUUCAGAUUCAAGACCGCCGCUAUCGCAGCUUGUGGUGUCUCAGCAUACCCAAACCCAAACUCAUUCUAAUGGUCGCCAUGCUCUGUCUCUUCUUCCUCUGGUGGCUAAUCUUUAACUCCGUGCGUUUGGAGAUAAAAGAUGGAAGAAUUAGUGGAAUCCAGAGGGGUGAAUUGGUGCAUUUGGAGGAGUUUUUCUCAGAUUUUUCUGCCAUGGAUGGAUCACUCACCCCACCACCUGAAACAGCAGUGGAGCCAGUGAUAAAAGAGGAUGAAACUCAGGCCAGUUUUGUGUCUUUGGAUUCUGGUUUCACUGAGAUAAUGCAGCUCAGCCCUAUCAAUGAAACUAAACUGGGGUUUGUGUCUUUAGCCUCCUCGAACGAUUCCCCCUCGGGGGCGGGGGCGGGGGCGUUUCCUCCGCCCACACCUUUCUCGACGACAACCAUACCAUCACCACCACCACCACUUCGUGAUCAGUAUAUCAUCAACAUCAUUAGGGCUUUGAGAGGGGCCGGGGAUUUCGCGGGGUGGGCGAAUUUGCUCUCAUCUGCCAAUGUCUCUUCCCUUCCACUCUCUGCCACUCUCUUCAUCCCUGGAAAUGAUGCCAUUUCCCACCUCCCCACAGCCUCCACUAACCCUGCUGGCCUCAUUUUCGACCCUUUGCUCGUCCCUUACCAUAUCGUUCCCCAACGCCUCCCCUUCUCCCAUCUCCAACGCCUCAACCUUCACGAUCGCCUCCCCACGCUCUUGCCCUCCAAAUCCAUUCUCAUCACCAACAACUCUUUGGCCAACUUCACCAUUGAUGAUGCCAGGAUCACCCAUCCUGAUCUCUUCCAGACUCCCGCUUUCUCGGUCCAUGGCAUAAACAGGAUUCUCAAGUACUCUACUUAUGGUGAUCAGAUCAUCAUAUCACCACCUCCAUUGGCAGCUCCACCAAGCAGCAAUAAUCCCCCCCAAGAAAUGUUGAUGGCAGCACCAGUGUUACCACCUGCAGAGGUUAUUAUUACUAACAACAAAACUUCUGCUUCACUGUGUUUGUGCACUGAGUUCCCUGUCAUCUUCUCUGUACUGCUCUUUUUCAUCUCUGCAACAUUCAUGGGAAUUCUUGCAUAA